CAGAGUUUUUUAAGAGAGAAAGUUUUUUGAAUUUAAAGUACAAAAAUUUCUCAUUGUCAUAGUAUAUUUUUAAUCGAAUGAAUUUUCCGUUGUUUUUUUUAUCCUUAAUCAUUUUAUAUAUAAAAAAAACUUAUUCAAAAUCGAUACUAAGCGAACAAUUAACGUGCGGUCAAGACAAAGAUGGCUCAGAUAUAUUUAAAAGUGUUGAUGGACAACACUCGUGUACUGUUUGUUUGUGUGCUGAUUUAAAUAAAGGUAUUUCAUAUAAAAACUGUGAAAAAUGUUGUUGUGCAUAUGUUAGGAAGACAAAAAUAAAAGACUACGAACACUUUGAAGAAAAAAGCAUAAAAGAUGAACGAGAAUUAUUUAAAACAAAAAAUGACUUAUACGGUUUGAUAGCGUUAAACUGUUUUUUUUUCUUAACCUCAUUGGUGUCAACCUGUUUAUACCUCAAAAAACGUUUUCGUAGAACCCGCCUCUCUCUUCAAUCAACUGAGAAAGAUGAAUUUAUGAAUGGUGACGUAAAAGUAAUUAUCAAUCAUGAAAAGAUUCAAAAUACCGAUUAAGAAAAUCUGCUACCAGAUUAAAAACUCUUUAUCAUUAGUUUUGUAAAUAUAUGUUUUGUAAAUAUAUAAAUUAUUUUGUAAA